AUGCGGCUAGCGAAUGGAGAUAUUUUGAAUUCGCCGGAACAGGUUCAUCAAGGUGUUUUAAAUUAUUUUCAAGAUUAUCUUACUAAUCCUUCUAUUGUUGAAAAGGUGGAUCUUGCAUCUCUAAUACAAUGCUCUAUUUCUGCGGAAAAUAAUUUGGCUCUUGCUAUAGCCUCGUCUAAGACCGAGAUUUUGGCUGCAUUGAAAUCCAUCCCAAAAGAAAGCUCAUCUGGACCUGAUGGUUUUGGCUCGGGUUUCUAUCUAAGCUGUUGGGAUUUGAUCAAAGAGGAUGUCAUUGAGGUAGCCAAGGAUUUCUUUUCGGGUUCUACUUUACCGAGAUUUUAUACGGCAUCGUAUCUGGUGUUGAUUCUGAAGGUGGAGGAUCCCAAGAGUUUUGACAAGUUCCUGCCUAUCAGCCUUUGUUCUGUCGCUUACAAAAUUUUUUCAAAGGAAAUGGUUCAUUCUCUGAAUAAGAAAACAAAAUGCGGCAACAUUAUAGUGAAGAUUGAUAUGGCCAAAGCCUAUGAUCACGUUUGUAAUCUUGUAAAGGAAUGUGUUCAGUCCCAUUGGUUCUCUAUUAUGAUGAAUGGGACAUUCAAGGGUUUCUUCCAACCUCUCGGGAUCUUAGACAAGGUGAUCCACUUGGGUGCGCCUCUAGUCUCACAUUUACUUUAUGCUGAUGAUCUUCUAGUUUUUGUGAAUGGUGGCAAACGCUCGGUUCUAAAGCUUAUGAAAACAUUGGAAGUUUAUGAAAAGUGGUCAGGGCAGUUAAUCAACAAGGAAAAAUCGGCCUUCUUUUUCUCAAAUUCCAUUACUUUGGCACGGCGUCGUAAUCUCAUGAGAUCAACGGGUUUCGUGGAAGGCAAGUUCCCGGUCACCUACUUGGGUGUCCCUCUGGUGUCAGGACGUCUUACAUCUAGAGACUUGAAACCCCUCAUUGAGAAGAUUCGGAGAAAAAUAGCUGGAUGGAAAUUAAAUUUACUUUCGCAAGGAGGUAGGCUUACACUCAUGAAACAUGUUUUAGCAUGUAUAACAACUCACCUGUUAGCAGUCUUAAAUGUGCCUUUGAAGGUUUUCAAAAAACUCAACUUUUUACUUUCUACAUUUUUUUUGGGAGAAUUGAAUGGGAGACCAAGGAUGAAAUGGUGUUCUUGGGAUAGGAUAUGCAAGCCAUACAAGGAAGGAGGAUUUGGCAUGAGAAAUUUCGAUGAAGUUCAGCGGUCCCUACAAAUGAAGAUCGCUUGGAGAUUGUUAAUUGUUGAUAACCUUUGGACCAAGUUCUUCCGUGUAAAAUAUGUGAAACAUGGCCACAUUUUCAUGGCUAAGACUAGAAGGAAUGCUUCCCGAUUCUGGAAGUCUAUUAUGAAUGUGUUUCCUGAGGUGACAAAGAAUGUUAUAGUAAAGGUGAGAGAGGGCAGGUCUUCCUUUUGGUUUGAUCGGUGGCUGGCAAGUGGGCCUUUAUGUGCCAGUAGGGAUUUUGGGCAUUCUGAGAUUAGAAUUAAAGAUGUAUGGGUUGAUGGUUCCUGGGAUGAGAAUUAUUUGUUAAAGCUGGUUGGAUUAGAGAAAACAGAGGAGAUCAUGAACGGUAUUGUGGCUGGUAAGGUGGGCAGUGAUAUUACCAUUUGGAAAUCAGAAGUUAAGGGAGAGUUUACGUCGGCAUCAGCUUGGGAUCUUAUCCGUGUAAAAGGAACUAAAUAUCUGGGCAUGGAUUGGAUUUAG